GUGGCUUACCAGGAAGUAUAAUGUGACAGUGGCUGUUUGGUGUUGUGUUACAUUGUUAGUGGCACACAGUGAAGCAGAGCCUGAUGUAUAGACGCGUGUACCUGCAGGGCAGCAAGCUGCAGCUUCUCACAGCUGGGAGGAAAGGCUUUCUGACCUCAUUAUCUGAUCCGUCCAAUUAUGACGUCCGACGGGUGGAAAUCACGCCAUCGGAGCAGCGAAAGUUAACCUUUGACACCCAUGCUUUGGUACGAGACCUGGAGACGCACGGUUUCGACAAAGGUCAAGCUGAGACCAUUGUGUCGGCUUUGGCUACACUGACAAACACCAGCAUAGACACCGUAUACAGGGACAUGGUGACAAGAGCCCAGCAGGAGAUUACCGUGCAGCAAAUAAUGGCUCAUUUGGACUCCAUCCGAAAAGACAUGGUCAUUCUGGAGAAAAGCGAGUUUGCCACUCUGCGGACGGAAAACGAGAAAAUGAAAAUUGAAUUGGAACACGUCAAGCAGCAUCUCUUGAAUGAAACCAAUAGAAUCCGCGCUGACACAAAGCUGGAUAUCAAUCUUGAAAGAAGCCGUUUAGCAGACAUGUUCACUGAACAAGAAAAGAAGCUCAUGGAAACAAACACAGAGUUUUACAAAAAGAAUGCAAGUACAGACAACAUUAUCACAGAAAUCCACAAAAAGAUAGAUAUAGACAUAGCGUCCCUCAAAACGCUCAUGGAGUCUCAUAAACUGGACACCAUCCGCUACCUGGCAGCGUCUGUGUUUACCUGCUUAGCAAUAGCCUUGGGAUUUUAUCGACUGUGGAAGUAGGAAAAAAACCCUGCCUCUAGUAAAUAAAGAAGCACAUGCACAACCCUAUAUAAUAUAUUAUGUAUAGAGGCAUCUAUCUAUAAAAGCGGCAGCUGCUGAUAUCCUGGCUUACUAUGCAUAUAUUACAUCACUAAGUACUGUUCAUUUUUAUAAACUUAUUAUAUUAGGGAAAAAGUAAAGGGCAAGUGAUCUGGAAUCAUCCCCUCUGGGAUAAUUACCGAGGUAUAGGAAUUUUAAGCAGACGGACGGAGCUGUAACCAAAGAAUGCCGCAGAGCCGAGGUUACGACUCUAAUGGUUCCCAUUAUUACGUUCAGCCGGCUACUUUGUUGCCGCUUGCUUUUUUUGACGCACAGUGCCGCCUGUGGUGUGGGCCGUUCCUCUGUUAUCGCUGAUGUGCACCGUUACAUCCCACGGGAAACGAGUGGGAUCCGUGGACGUUGGAUUUAAAGCGCCUUUGUGUUAUGAUCAUCAGACCUGUGUGUUUUAUACAUCUCUGUACUGUAGCUGUUACAAUAAAUUUGGUUUAAGUCGUCGGUC